AUGGACAUGGGGCCCGACGGCAACGCAGCCGUGGUCUUUAAGACAGAUACUACUACUGGCAUGGAUAGUAACCAUGAAUUCAUUUCUCAAGCAAGGAAGCGCGGGCUCAAUAUCACCAACCCGGACGAAGAUGGGAACCCGAACGAGCCGACGCGGGUGCCCCAUUCACGGUACGGCCCCAGCUUUGAGGAGGCAUUGAGGCGCAUGCGCGCCGGCCAUUAUCGUGUCGUCGAAUAUAUCCCAGCCGAAUUCAACGACUCCUCUGUGACAGCUGAGCCGACUUUUAGGGACAUGACUGAUUUGCGGAUGCGGUCGGCUGGCUCAGGCGACCUACACACCAACAAUAAAACGUCGCGACGCUUCGAGAAGCCGAAACGGCAGGGGGAAAAGGUACCGGCAGCCAUUCAUGAACGCGCAAAGCCUCUCCUAAACGCGGCUUCGUCAAGUGAUCUCGAAAAAGCCCGUGGCAUCGUGACAAUCGCCAUCGCGGCCUCGUCCAAGCUCAACAAGGCCCGUCUGAAUAGCCCACUGCGAAAUCAAUACAGACUCAAGCCCGGUACUGUCAUCGGCGGAGCAAUUGUGAACGAGACCCGCCGCACCCGCCGCGACGACCCCGAACCACCCCCGCUCCUCGAGAUUACUGACGAGAUUGCCUGGGCCGCCGCACUCCUGGCCGAGGCCGAGGCUGAUAUGCCCCAGGACGGUGUUAAGGUUCCCAGCCGCAACAUCACACGCCGCGCGGCCGCCGGCUCGUACUGGAUGGAGUCUAUCGCUCGCAAGGGCAUUGUCCCCUGGGGCGAUGAACCCUCGUACGCUGUGUUCCGCAACGUGCUCGACUAUGGCGCCACGGGCAACGGCGUGACUGACGAUACUGCCGCCAUCAAGCGGGCCAUGAACGAUGGCCGGCGUUGUGGUGAGAAAUGCAACGGGUCGACGGUCAAGAAUGCCAUCGUCUACUUCCCACCCGGCACGUACCUCAUAUCCAGCACGGUGCCUCUUCCCUUCGGCACGCAGGUCAUCGGUGAUGCCAUCAACCGACCAGUGCUGGUCGCCUCCAAGACCUUCAUUGGUCUCGGGGUGCUUUCCACAGACGAAUACACAGGCGGCGGGACUGGCGCCGACGGGCACGACCAGCAGUGGUAUGUAAAUACGGCCAAUUUCUAUCGUCAGAUCCGCAACGUCAUUAUCGACGUCCGCCCAGCACCGCCCUCUGAGGAGGCGGCAUGCCUACACUACCAGGUGGCCCAGGCUACUAGUAUGCAGAACGUCGAGCUGCGGGCCGGUGCAGGACAGAAGGGCCUCUUUGCCGAAAAUGGCAGCGGCGGCGGCAUCUCCGACGUCACAUUUGUAGGUGGCGACGUCUGUCUGUACGGCGGCGAGCAGCAAUUUACCGCCCAGCGGCUUGUCUUCAGUGGUUGUGACGUCGGCGUUCAGGUUAUCUGGGACUGGGGUUGGGUGUGGAAGUCAAUAACCAUGACCGACGUGAAGACAGGCUUCAAGUUUGUGCCUGAUUAUCCCGACGGCAGCAUAGGGUCAUCGCUGAUUAUGGAUUCGUCCUUCACGAACGUCGGUACCGUCGUCGUUAUUCAGCCGCCGUCAUCCAAACCAGGUUCCGGAAGCACUGGUCUCGUACUCGAGAACAUCGCCAUGUCGGGUGUCACCACCGCCGUCGCUGACACGAAUGGCCGCACCCUGCUGGCCGCGUCUACGAGGCUUGACGAGUGGGUACUGGGCCCCGUAUAUUCGAGCUCAGCCGAUGAUGGUACACGCUCAUUCUCAUCUGGUGGCAAGGUCGGCAAGUAUCGCAGAGAUAGCGCGCUUCUGGACGCUCAGGGUGCCUAUUAUGAGCGUCCCAAGCCGCAAUACGAGGACCGCGGCGUGGGCGACUUCCUUCACGUUAGGGACUUUGGCGCUAUGGGCGACGGCAUAACGGACGACACGGCUGCCUUCCAGCUGGCCGUCGAUUCAAGCCAGGGCAGCAUCUGA